AAAACGUACCUCCCCUAAUCACCGGUGUCGCAUGGCACGUAUAGCUAGGCUCGCCACACGAAUCAUGUAACUUAAUGCUCGUUUCGCGUAUUUUUCCCGCAUCACAGACAACUCGAGUCAACUCUACUACACGCGAAGACAACCCAACUACUUUCUGGAACGAAACUUGGAGGAAUUUCUAGCCUGGGACGAAGGAAAAGAGACGAUGUUCAGGGGUGUUCUCCUGACGUUGAUGACGUCAGCAUUCCUUGCCGUCGUGGCAAAUGACGUCACAUCGUUCAAUCCCAAACUCAACCCGGACGCCGACCACGUCUGUAGGCGGCAAAUUUGGGAUGUCUCGCCGCAGCUGAUUGGUACACGUGAGCCCUACGUCACCAUCACGGACGGGAAUUGUGGGAUACCCGCUUUCUGUCCACCAAUCAUAACCACUACAUAUAUACGAGUGUACAGGACGGUCCAAAGACCACAGUUGAAAAUGGAGACGUUUUGCUGUGAAGGGUACAAGCAAGUGGACGACCACUGUGAACCUAUUUGCUACCCACGCUGUAACGAACCAGACACAUGCAAGUCGACCCAGACGUGUUGUAGUGAUACCGACCCACCCAGCGACCAGUGUGCUAACAUCAACAUAAACACAACCUGUUACCAUGGUGGAACAUGGAAUGUGGGACACAAAGCCUGCCACUGUACAGAAGGUUAUAAUUACGUGGGCAUCAGAUGUGAGAAUGAGUGUGAGAUUGGUAAGUACGGAGGGGGAUGUCUACAGACAUGUGCAUGCCAAGAGGGUAGUGACUGUUUGCAUACAAACGGAAUGUGUAGGUGAGUACCUGUCCUCAGGUCCCUUCUCUUAACU